AGACCCGUAUGCGGAUAACAUGGCAAGACGCUGUAGCCGUUCAAAAGAAGAAUGCGCCUCUUGAAACAUAUCUAAAUGGACACGAGCACAGUUUAUUGAGUAUAAAAAGCGCUAAUGGCUUCAAGACAUUUUAAAGAUGAAACCGAGACGGAUUUUGAGUCCGACAUACGCGAAAAUAAGGCGGAUGAAGGAGGGAGCGAAACUGAUUCUGAUGCGUCAGGUUACAGUUACUCAGAUUACUCCGAUGACCUGGAGCCAGAAUGGCUGGAUGACGUCCAGAAGAACGGUGAACUCUUCUAUCUGGAGCUGAGUGAGGGAGAGGAAGAAGCUCUGCUGGCCCAGGUCUCUGCCAGUCACUCCGCUGCCACCAAUCACGUUCGCUUCAGUGAAAAGGAGGCGGAGAUCAUCACAGACAAUGGCAAAAAGCAAGCGGCCUCCAGCAACAAAACCGAAGCAAAACUCAAGAAGUUCACCAAGAUCCUGAGGCGAAAGCGGCGACCAUCUCAAAGGAAAGCCGCUGAUGGAAAAGACUCAGGGUCUUCCCAGCGUCCCACCUCCAUCUUGAAGAAUCAGGCGGGCCAGCGGACUGGAGUCGUGGUCCAGAAGCAGCGUCUGAAGGACGUGUGCGUGUAUCUGAACCCCAAACGUCUCGGCGGUUCCUCGCCUCCAUCUCCUGAGAGAGGCGGUUUGUUAGAGGCGUUGCUGGGUGUUAUUCACCGUCCAGGAGGAAAUGCAGGGAAAAAAGGGGGGAAACUCAUCAUCCAUGGUCUGGUCCCUCACAGUCCCGCUAGCAAGUGUGCAGAAAUCCUUAUCGGUGAUGCCCUGGUUGCUGUGGACGAUGUGGAUGUUACUUCAGAAAACAUUGAGAGGGUUUUGUCAUGUAUACCAGGCCCCACACAGGUGAGGUUGACUCUGGAGACGGUCUGUCCCGCCGGGAUGGCUCCGGACUCGAGAGCGAAAACAGCUCCUGCGGUCAGUCAGCUGGUGCGGCUGCUGUGGGGCGAGGACACCGUCGAGCUCCAGAUGUCCAUCGCACAUGUCCCACACAUAGUCAUGUACCUCUCGCUCAAACUGGACUCUGAUUCACCGCAGGACGAGCAGGAGAUUUUGUACCAGUAUCCGGCGUCUGAAGCUGCGGUUCAUCUGAAAGCGGUGAGAGGCAUUUUCCUGACGCUCUGUGACAUGCUGGAGAACGUCACGGGAGGACAGAUAGUCAGUUCGUCUCUGUGGCUCCUGCAGCAGUUGGUUCAUGUGGGCUACUGGAAGGAAGGAUCCAAUCUUCUGGUGAUCGCUGUACCUGCCAGCAGGGUUCCUCUGUUGUAUCUGCAGACUGUGAUUGAGGGAGUUGUCCGAACGCUCAAGGUCAUGUACGGCUCUCUUGAGAGCUGCUUCUGUGAGGAGGAGAACAGUCCUCGUCUGGAUCACUUCUUCUGCCUCUUCUUCCAGCAGCUCAUCCAGCCCUCGCGUUUGAUAGACAGCUCCAGACCGCCCAGCCCCGACAUCUCCGGGAGCCUGUUCUUAGACGGGCUGCCAGCUGUGCGGUGGCUCACUUUACCAGCAGACAUAAAGGUAGAAGUGGACACUGUGCUCUCAGACUUUGAGUCGUCAGAUUUUGGUGACAUGUCUGAGGAUUUCUAUGGCAUGAGGCGUCUGUACGUCAUUUUGGGCUCCUGUCUGUUUUACAAGGGAUAUCUGAUAGCGAACCACCUGCCUAAAGAAGACCUUCUGGACGUGUGUUUAUACUGUCAGCAUUACUGUCUGCUGCCGCUGGCGUCGGAGCAGCGCGUGGGGCAGCUGGUGGUGUGGAGGGAGGUGUUUCCACAGCGGAGAACACAAGCCAGCACCGCAUCACAUCCUGGAUACUGCGAACCACAUGGACGACACUUCCUGCUCAUAGUGGGCCUGAGGCACUUCAUGCAGUGUGUGUUGCUGGAGGCCGGUGGUUGUGCUUCGCCUGCUCUGGGAUCUCCUGGUCCCGACUGUGUCUAUGUGGAUCAGGUCAAAGCCACACUCCUUCAGCUCGAGAGUCUGGAUGCUGCCAUUGAGGACCGGCUCUCGGCUCCGCCCACUCCCUGCCUCUCCUGUGCCGAUUGGUUCCUUCCUGCCGGUGGGCGGGACCGACAAGACGGCAUCAGCAGCUCACCGAUCCUCAGCCGUCUGACGGCAGCCAUCAAACCCCCGUCGCCGGGCGGGAUGGGGCGGAGUCUGUUCGGGGAGGCGGGGUCAGGGUCGUCAAGUCUGAGAGGACGGAGGCAGAGUCCACAGAGGAGUCUGUCUGACAGCGGCAGCGAGGGUCACGCCGACGGGACGCCGUCCUUCACCUCAAGUCUGAGUCCUCAUGCCACACCGGACGCAGUGCGCCGGACGCCCUCUAGUGGCACACGCAGAGACUCCUUCGGCUCGGGAGGGUCAGACGGCAGCCUGGGCAGCGCAGGAUUUUUCAAGAUUCCCAGGUUAAAGCAUCCUAACCCUUUCUAUUUGGGCUCGUUGAGGAAGAGUCUGACUGACAGAGAGACUGAGGAGAUGCACAACGUUCUCAAAUAUGUAUAUAUUAUACCAGCCACGCCGCGGCACGUUUCAGAAGCAUCCCAGAAUCUCGUGGUCUUGUGAAUCCAGUUGCUUCACUCCUGGUGUGAUUUGGCACCGCGUGGAGGACGGAACAAAACGUCGUCGGAGCCGUAAUGGGUAACGGUAACAGGCUAAUACAAUGAUAAUAGGCUGCUUUUAAAUGAACAUUUAAUUAAAAAACAAAAGUUCUUCUUUGGCCAGAUUAUAGUCUACACUUUCUUAAUAGCAUAAACACACGCUUUACUCCAUUCAGACUUUAUCUGCAAUGCCACUGUAUCUGUCACUGCAACUUCACGAACAGGUGAACACACACAAAAAUGAAAUCUGUGUCUGUCUGCCUGAUGAAAAAAAUGAAUUUAAAACACGUUCAUAUUUUAGAGAAUAUUUGCAUCACUACUGAUUCAUCUCAUCCACCCGCAAUUAAUUAGAAUGUAUUUGUUUAUUACUUGACCCGUGGAUACAACCGCCAUCCGCGCAUCACUACUGUAUACAUAAGUAUCUGCAUGAAACAGAAACAGCAGACGAGCUGAAUGAGAUGCAGUUUCACUCUCUGCCAGCAGGUGGCGCUUAAAGCGAUUCCUUGGUUUCCGCUGUAAACAAAGCAGCUGCACUUAUGAACUUUAAUAUGCAUUAUACAGAGGCAAGAUGAAAAGAAAAAAUACCAUCUAAACUUUUCUAAAGACAGUAAGUUCCCCUCAGACAUGCAUUCAUAUAAACUCAACUCAAAGUUCAGCAUCUCAACCGAUUUGAAUCGUCACAUUUUUUAAUCGAUUUUCAACCGGCUCGCGGUUAAUCAUUACAUCCCUAGUAUAUUCCCAUUCAUAUUCACAAUUUUGAGCACUCCAGGGUGAUUAUGAACAUGAAAUUAUCCAGCCAUGGCUUCCUGUUUCACAGAAAAAUAAAUAGGAGGGAAAACAAUAUUUAAUGCACUGUUUAAUGUUGUUAAUUACUAUGAAUGAAAUCUAUUUUCUUAGUCUUUGUAUUUUUAUAUCAAUAUGGUACGAGAUUAUCAGCAUGAUAAACAAGUUAGGUUAAAAGUAAUCUUAUCAUAUAGUGUAAUGUAAUGGAUUAUGUUACUAACUACAGUUUUUGUCAUGCAUUUUGGAAUCAGUAACAGACUACAGUUUGUGAGUAAUCUACCCAGCUCUGGUUGUAACUUUAAAUGACAAAAUAUCUGCUUACUCCUCAAGAACAGAUUGAGCGGUUUGACUUCACGUCAUGUGAAUGCUGUUCAGGCAGUCACAGUUGUGU